AGAAAUCACGGAAGUCUACAUUUGUUUCGCUUUCGUUUCUUGACCCCGUUAACUGUCAUAUACAGUGUGCAUCAGGUCAAGAGAUUUCGUCGUCCUGAAAGUCUUAAUUUUAACCCGAGUCUAAUUAUGGCUAGAAUGCAGAGGGGACUAGCCGGGUUAUUUGUUGCAGUGUUUCUUUGCCUCAUCUCCGCUGUGUCCUCCUCGCAUUUCCGUGGAGCAAUGAUCUCAUGGAAACCUGCAAAUGCUAGUGAUAUCACCGACAAAACAGUGACAAUCAUUACUCGUAUCGCAUGGAGGAGAUCGUACUCGGGAUGUGGAUGUGAUCAGAACACAAUAGCGUCAGGUAACCUGAUAGGUCCGUCGGGAUCACUGACCUGCCGUUUCGGGUGUUCUGGUUCAGUUGGGAGCAUGCGCUUUAAGUGCACGGAUUACAGCGAACAGGAGGACUGGACAAGCGGUCAGACGAUAUAUGAUUACACUUUCCCCUCAUCUACAAACCCGCCUCUGUUCCAAGCAAGUUUUGCAGGAGGGGAUUGGAUAUCUCUGGUCACGGGCGGUGGAAGCUGGGAAGUAAGAGCUUACUUCAAUCUGACCAAGCGGAAUGACACAGGAGUAGUGAAUAGUUCUCCCAACACGGCUAUGAGUCCGAUUGUACAACUCAAACACGGCUGCAACCAUACUAUAGCUAUACCCGUGAGUGACGCGGAUAAGGACGAAGUGCGUUGUCGAUGGGCCGAGUCAAGUAAAGGCGAGUGUGCAGGAGUUUGUCACGCAUUCCGUGGAGCCAUUCUUGACACGCGAAAGUGUACCAUCUCAUAUAGUGCCACAGGAGCCCUGGGGUGGUAUGCCGCCGCCCUCAUGAUAGAAGACUUCUCUAGUCCCCUGUCCAGACUACCCCUCAGUAGCGUACCGCUGCAGUUCCUGGUCAAAGUCUUCAGAUCCAGCGAGAAGUGCCAUAGAAAGCCUGAGUUUGUUGACGAGACGAGAGCGGACAGAUCGUGCAUCGGGGUGCCUUUCAACAUGCAGUACACCGAACCAGUUAUCGCUAGGAGUGGCGGGGAGACUAGCUCAAUUUCGGAAAUAACGACCAUCAGCCCCCAGGGUCUCACAAAAUCAUCUCUUGGCCAAAGGUCUCCACGUGAAUGGUACGUGAAUAUCACGUGGACCCCCAGCCAAUCACAGCUCGGUCCCAACAUUUUCUGCUACACGGCCAUCGACUCGAGUGGACUGACAUCGUCUCAAAGAUGCAUUACACUUUUAGGAGGAGUUACUCCGCCUCGUAAGGUAGAUGGUUCCCAGUCUCCCACCGGCCUUAUUUAUGCUAAUCAUGCUCGAUGGGUUAUUCACUUCGAUCAACAGUUUGUCCGUCCAAGCAGUAGCAGAUUCAUCCGAGUGUGGAGUUCAGACGGAAUCGAAGUGUACAAAUUAGACGUGGCUAUCACCAAUACGGUUAUCUAUCCUGCCGGAUCAGUCGGCCGAGAGUUGGAGUUUACACUGCCUUACAGCUUUCAAGAGAAACAGACCUACUCCAUUACACUGGAUCCAGGUGUUGCCAAGGGAGCGACUUAUUGUGGGGCAGAGUCUCCAGCCAUCAGAGAUCACCAAUUUUGGAGAGUUACAAUUAGGGAUGUCACCGCUCCAUCAAUCACAUUUCUCUCCAGACCCUCUCUAACUAACGCUAACAUCACCAUUACCUGGCAAGAGAGCGAAGAAGCAACGGCCGUCUGUACCAUCAUUGCCCCUGACCACGCCUACGUGUCCCCCUGUAACCACACGUGGACUGGGCUCGGGCUCCAGGAGGGAAACUACCGGAUUUCCAUCAUGGCAACCGACCAGGCAGGGAACACUGCCCCUCCAGUCAUACACUCGUGGAGAGUUGACAAAACGCCGCCCACUCCAUACAUAUCACACAAACCACCAAAUGUCACGCAAUCCUCUUCCGCAACCUUCGCCUUCCGAUGCACCGAUAAGGACUGGUACAACCCGUCAUGCUCUUAUGAGUGCGACGUGAAGCCACAGGGAUCCCAACCAUCCGGGUAUGCGCCUUGCCCUGGCGAGUUUACGGUCGACCGGCUUGUUGAUAAUACAGUGUAUGUGCUUUGGAUCAAGUCACGUGAUCAGGCUGGUAACCUUGCCGCUGUGCUCACCUACACAUGGAGAAUUGAUCGCUCGCCACCUGUCUUGUCCAUCCUUAACACAUUAACGGUACCAUGCACAUCUAACUUGGACCCGUCACGCAUCGGACAGCCCACUGUCCGGGACAACGUGGACCCUUCCCCUAGCCUGACCUACUCGGACCAGCCCCUCUCGUCCAACUGUGGGGUCUUACGCACAUGGAGCGCUACAGACAGAGCCGGGAACAAGGCCAGGGGGGUGCAGGAGAUUAGGAUCAGUAAUCCCACGGCACCAAUACUGACAUAUAACAGAAGCAUCAUGGUAGCCUGCGAAACGCUUGUUGGAAUAGCUCAAGAUCUGAGUAAAGAAAUUAGCGCAUCUCACCCUUGUGGGAUGCCUGUGAACAUGACGCACACGGACUCAAUACCGACCAUGCAGUGUGACGUCACAUUUACCCGUUACUGGACCAUACGGGAUCCGUGUGGCUAUAACUUAACAGUACCGCAGACUGUUAAAGUCCUCGGGAUUCAGCCUCCCGACUACCCCAAGAGUGGACAAGUCAACGUCGACUUGAACCAGGAGCUUUCCUGGCCACAAUAUCCCGGCGCUGUCCAGUAUAAAAUAUUCAUCUGGAAAUACCAAACACCGCAACCCUCUACCCCAACCGCGACGACACGAUUGAGGGGUUAUUCGCCAGGAAGGCGAUACCCGCAUGGGACAAAAAUGCUUUGGAAAGUCGAAUAUAUGACGAGCUCUGGUGCCAAAAUUCCUGGACCUGUCUGGGGUUUCGUCACGAGGCAUUAUAAUGAUUUUAAAGUCCAGAUAGUGACGGUACCACUCGGUGCAUUUUCAGGUCAGAGUUUGUCCGUUUCUUGGACCGUGCGGAAUAUCGGUGGCCAUAGCAAUGCGGUGUUUGCAUGGUAUGAUGUGGUGUAUAUUAGUAAAACCACCGAGUUUUCGGAUGCCAGAGUAUUUACUAGGAAAUGGCAACAGAGGAUUUUGGAGAGUGGAGAUGGGUAUACCGACACGGUGACUGGGGUUCUUGGCGACAGUGAGAUUGGAGUCUAUUAUGCGUUUGUCAAGACUUAUUCCGCGAGCGAUGAUAUUGACCCUUCCAACAACUGGCGUAUCAGCUCUGGUUCUGUGAGAGUAGCGCUAACUCCUCCACCGAACCUCAAAGUAGAUUCAGUUGCUAUUCCACCGACAUCUUUCUCAGGUCGGUCCAUAACAGUGACGUGGACAGUGAGUAACCAAGGACUGGGCAAUGCAAAUGUCAAUCACUGGUACGACCGAGUCGUUCUAUCACGAGACCACCUUAUAGACAGUGGGGAUAAAACGCUUGGCGACUUUAUCAUCCGGGGUCCGCUCUUUGCUGGUUUGACUUACCGACAGAGUAAGACCGUGAGAGUCCCGGACGCCACAUACGGGAACUUUAGUAUCAUCGUCACAACUGAUGUCUUCAAUAAUGUGUUUGAGUAUACAGCAGAGAGUGAUAACGACAGGGCCUCUCAGGCAUUGAAGGUGAUUCUUUCCCCACCACCGGACCUUGUGGUGAGUGAGAUAAGUACAAACGGUACCUUCAAGACCGGGAACACUGUGUCAGUAUCUUACCGUGUCACGAACCGAGGGUAUGGACCUCCAUUUGAGACCUACUGGCAGGACGAAAUGGCUCUCUCGAACAAAGAAACCCGUCAGCGUGAGGUCCUGGGAAAAAGAUACUUCUCGGGGGUCCUGUCUUCACAGGGAUCCUACACUCGUGUCAUAGAAUAUACCAUUCCUCCGCGACUGAAAUCUGGAAACUACGAGCUAUCAGUGCAUACAGAUAAUCACAACAACGUCUUCGAGUUCACUUUCGACAACAACAACAUUAUGAAAACUUCCAUUACAAUCAUGGAUGCUUUUCCAGAUCUCGCUGUCAAAAAGUUGUCUGUAAAUGUCGAACGAGACGAGACAAGUGCGUUUGUAAGAGUAAAUUUUACAGUCGAAAAUCGAGGAGAUGGGAAGACUUUCGGCGCUCCGUGGACUGACGGCAUCUUCGUCUCAGCCACUCUGUCGCUUACUGGUUCUGUCUCCAUCGGGAGAAUUCCAAGAGGAGACAACCUUUCUCCAUCACGAAGUUAUGAAGUCAUCGAUUCUGUAUUCCGGAUUCCAAGAAAUAUCCACGGUCGGAGAUAUAUCCUUAUAUAUACCGAUUCUUAUCAAUCAGUUACGGAAGCAAAAAGGAAUAACAACUACCAUCACUCCAGCGAGGUUUUCGUUCCUCAGGUCCUGCCAGAUUUGAUCAUUCAAGAUGUCCGCAUCUCGGUGCGCCCCGAUGAGACUUUUGCCGAUGAAUUAUUGAAGAUCACGUGGGUGGUUGUGAACACAGGUGUUGGAAGUACGCUAGAUGGAGUCUGGGUGGAUGCAGUUUACUUGACGAAGUCGGAGAGUGCACAACCUGGAGACAUCAAACUUCACGAAGAGCCCAUUUCAAGUUUAGUGCCACCAGGAAAGAACUACUCCAAAUCUGCAACAUUCACCGUCCCGAUGGUAACAGGCCAAUGGUACAUAAUCGUCAAAACCAAUGACAAGCACGAGCUGGCUGAGGAUGACCUCACUAACAACGUACGGAACAUAAGAGUGAGAGUGUCACUACCCUCCAGACCUGAUCUAAUGGUCCUUGGAGUGUCAUAUGUUUACCGCGAGAGCGUAAGGCUGCUACGUGUUCACUGGCUUGUUCGUAAUGACGCGUUUAGUAUGCGAGAGCGAGAGUCCUGGUGGGAUAAGGUUCUGCUGUCCCCUUCGCCUUCUCGACUUGACGUCAGUGGCGUAAUCGCCCUAGGGACCAAGUCGAUGGAGACUAUGCUGUACUCUCAGCAGGAUUAUGGGGCCGCCAUGGCGUUUACUUUACCCAAGGAGCUUACUGGCACAUACUAUGUCCAUGUGAAGGUGAAUUUUGAUGGAAAGUUAAAGGAAAAGCUCCGUGGCAUGAGAGAAAAUGAUGGAGCAUCAUCCAUUGCUCUCGACUUAUCACGAGCCCCGUCGCCUAAACUAGAAGUGAAGAUCAUAAGCCAAGACUCCAACAUCACGUUGGGAAAAAGGUUCACGUUAGAGUUCGAGGUAUUGAAUGUUGGGUAUGUGGACGCGCCCAAAGACUCAUGGAUAGACGCAGUUUACAUUUACAACACGCCUGGUGCAGAGUCCCAUGACGUCAUCGGUAGCGGCACACGACUGGCUCAGGUCACGCAUACUGGAGGCCUGGCGGUGGGUGGCCAGUAUAGAGUGACCGCUGACAUAGAAGUACCCUACACUGCGGGAUCACCUGUCUACUUUUACGCGUACACUGAUAUCUAUAACCGCAUGGGUUCUCCUGGUGUUGCAGGUGCCAGCUCGAAACCGGUUCAAACCAGAAAAGACCGGUUGGCCAAUCUAAUAGGAUCAUUCAAUGCAGCGAUACUCACUACUCGCGGUGGACAACCUUUCAAUAUUUCCUAUAACGUAACCAAUAAAGGGGAAGGCGCAACGAAUGUCCGUUUCUUCAAUGCGUUGUAUCUCAGUGAAGACACUCUUCUCGACCCAUUCGAUCUAAAGCUCGGCUCAUUUCAGACACCGUCUAAACUAAGUAGCGAUUCGUCCGUGACGGUCACACAAAGUGUGUUCAUACCGUUCGACACCCUACGGGGCCAGUACUACACCUUACUGGCAGUUGACAGUGAUGACAGGGUUUAUGAGGAAGAUGAAGGUGAUAACUUGGCGUUCGUGUUAACCGAAGUCGAGAGCGCACCUUCUACUGACUUACUGGUAUCCGAGGUCAUGACUGCGCCAUCCGCUCUAGGCAUGGGAUCCGAUCUUGAAGUCAACUGGAGGCUGCGGAAUAACGGCUCUCGCCAGGCUCAAGGCUACAAGUGCGAUACAGUCUAUUUAUCCCAAGACGAGACAUGGCAAAUAGAGGAUACAGCAGUCGGACGUCCUAAAUGCGACUGGGUCUCCCUCAGUCCUUACAACGGAGGGGCCACCGGCGACGCCUCCUACUCUAUCAAAAGCCCACUUUCAAUUGUGGCCCCAGGGACAUACCGGGGCUUAGUCAAAAGCCGAAGCAAUAUCAGGGACAUGUUUCCUGACAACAAUAUAAAAACCGGCCCCAGCAACCUCAACAUUAGCUACCCCACACUAGAGCUAGGUAAAUGCCAGAUGGUGACGUCAUUAAAAGAAGUGUUUGUUGUCCCGGAUGUUCCAGUAGAUGAGACGCUAAUAGUGACGUCGUCGGCGAAAAACAAUGAGACCACCCAGUUCAUAUACCUUCGUCAUGGGAAACCGGCGACGUCUAAUGCUCACGACGCAGGACCCAGGCUCACUCUUUCUGCUUAUCAGGAGGCUGUUGUCGAAUCCACAAGGGCUGGGGACUACUUUGUCCUACUCCGUAAAAGUGACGUCAGUGGACAGGCAGUCCAUGCCACCGUCUGUGCAAAGAUCGCGAAAUUUGAAAUAUCGAGGGUGUUGCCGGGUCGCGUGGCACCCUUCGGGGUGAGUACCCUGCAAGUCCAGGGCAGUCUGUUUGCGUGGAAGUCUGAGGCGUAUCUCUGUGGAAGCAACACGACACUGAAAGCUCUAGAGAUUUAUCGUUCCAGUUCUAGCGUGGUCUUUAUUACGUUCAACUUCACCGGGAUUGACGUUGGACACGUCUUCAGCUUGCGACUCAUUGAUGUUUACACCUCAAAAUCGGCUUAUCUCAACGACUCAUUGACUAUUGUGAAUGGAAUUCCUGGAAAGAUUUCCAUGGUUCUGAACAGUCCUCGCGCCUUCAGAGCAGGAGAAGAAGGGUUCAUCACACUUAAUUACCAGAAUGUGGGGGAUACCGAUAUUGUUAGUCCUACGAGUUUAUUCACGGUUGAUGGAGGUACCGAGGGGCGUCUUUUACAAGAAGGGACCAUACCUGGGGAGUACUCGCAGAUUAUCCUUUUCCUUGCCCAGCCCUUGGAGGGACCUGCAGGGAUACUUCCCCCACGUGCAUACGGUCAGGUCACCUUCCGAGUCCGUCAAAUAAAAGGAAGCCCCGCUACCGGUCAAUCGUCGCUCAAUGUGGAUUACGUCAUAAGUAGCAGCGAACCACACAUGUUUCUGAAUAGCAGUGAUGACUUCCGGCCAGGUCACUUGCCAGAGUGGGCCUGGGCACCGGUAUGGAGAAACUUUCUGUCGUCAGUGGGAAAAACUCAGCGGUCACUGAAUGAGAGGCUCGGAUCUGCGGCCACGGCGAUGAGUGUGUUGGGAAGACGAAUUGUGUCUGUUGACGAGCUUGUCAGGUUCCAGGUCAACCUUGCUAAUGGAAAACAAUAUGGGUCGCCUCUCCUUGAUACAGUGGACCUCUCGGAUACAGGCUCCCGUGGUUCUCUGGUGUUGAGACUGGAGCGCACGUAUAGCCCCGCCCUUACCAAGCGUCGUGUCACCGGAGUGUUUGGCGCCGGCUGGAUUGCUCCUUGGUGGGAGAUUUCAGUUGCUGAAAUGGCGGAAUCCGCUGUACGAAUAUUAAUGUCCCGUGAUGAGAUUCUUUUCACAAGACAAGAAUCAAGUGCAAUGUUCCUGUCGGGAGAUAAUCAGAGAGUGUUCGUUGAAUCGCAGGCCAUCAUAUUUUAUGGCGAGUCAGAGACAUACGUGUUUGACGCAAGCACCAAGAGACUAAAAGAGAUCCGCCCGUACGGACAUGCGCAGAACUGUUCCAUAACCGUGACGUCAUACACCCCGAGUGGACUACCACGUGAGCUGCAGUACUCAGAGGGAGGAGAACUGACCGUUGAAUUUAGUGACCGCGGGCUUAUUCGAGAAGCAGUGCUUGUGAAAGCGACAGGAGAAAGUGUGAUUAGCUUGUACGAGUACGACCCCGACGUCCCCCUGCUGCUCUCCGUGACCACAAACCACAUGACAACUCGCUACACGUACAACGCGUUGCGUGACAUCAGCAGCGUGACCUACCCAAACGCAGCAAGAUUGCGCUACAUUUACAACGAGUACGAGUUGCUAGGCGGAAUACAAAGCUUUGCGUCUGACGGAAGCAUUUUCAAAGAUGUGGAGUUUAUGUCAGAUUGGAACGGAGUUAUUAUUACGACCGAUAAAAUGAAAGGUACUAGCGUGACGAUGCAGUUUGAUGAGCGGGUGAAACCUGUGUCACUCGCUGGGCCUGACGGCAUACCUGCUCGUACCCAGACCCUCGUGACUGAGGAGGAAAUCACGAGGAAGACCAUAAAUGGUGAUCAGGUAAUCCAAACCCAGAUCUACAACAUCCCCGACCACAAAAUGACAACGGAGGAUGCAAAUGGCAAUACAAUGAGCUACGUGUUUAAUGAGGAUGGGAUCCCGCUAAACGUCACAGAUCCCGCAGGUAACGGGUACAGCUACGAGUACAACAACCAGAGUAAGGUGAUAGAGUCCAGGCUACCAGAUGGCAGUAAGGAAAACUCGGAAUAUGACGACGGGGGAAAGCUGGUGAAGAGGACUACCCGUAAAGGACGGGUCAUCAAGUUUGAGUACGGAGCCGAUGGGCGCGUGUCCAAAAAGGAGAUCCCGGAUGUUGGUGUGACGUAUUACCUUCACGACUCUCGGGGAAACCUCAUCAUGGCAACCAACAAGCACGGCACCGUCAGCAUCGAAUAUAAUAAGAACAACCGGCCAGUCAGCGUGAAGUAUCCAGACGGACGCCUGAUAGAGUAUCGGUACAACAGAAUGGGCCGGCGUAUAGGCAUAUCCGAGAACAGUACUGGGUACAACGUUACUUAUCGGUACGAUCAGUUCAAUAGGCUUUCAGAGGUGUGGUCAAAUGGGGAGGUUCUCAUGCGAAUGGAGCACAACUCUACUGGAAGUAAUGAGAGGAGGGUGUUUGGUAACGGCAUGGAGACCGUAGAGGAAUUCUUAACCGGUACCAGGACACUAAAAUCAAUGCAUAAUAAGGCUGGGGCGUUGGAUUGUUCUAAGUUUGAAUACGAAUACAACAGUAAAGGAAGACCAGUGAAGAUAAAAACCUUGGAAGGAAGCAGAGAGUUUAAGUAUGACGCCAUGUCUCAGUUGGUCGCUUGGCGGGAUAGCGGCGAAGGGGGUAACGGAAGCGAGUAUAGCUACGAUUCCAGGAAGAACAGAUACCAGGAGAAGAAUCUUUUGACGGGCGAGAAGGACUACUACGAGUCUAAUGUGGUCAACCAAUACACCUCCGCGGGAGAGUUUGUCUAUGAGUUUGAUAAAAACGGGAACAUGGUAGGAAAGAAGAGUAAGAAGACGCGAACGAAGGAUGUCAAGUUUGUGUUCAGCGAGGAUAACGUCCUGAUGCAAACGGAGACAGCCAAUGAGAGGUGUAAUUAUCUAUACGAUGCACUAGGACUGCUCUACAAGAAGUCGUGCAUUAGCGGAGAUACGCGCUACAUUGUGGAUCCUUUCGGCGUGUAUGGUGUUAGCACUAUAGGCCAGAUCUCUGGCGGAAAUGUGACACAUUUUGUGCAUGCAGAGGAGAAAGGUCUGAUUUCGCUUAUAAAAGACGAGAUUGUUUAUUACUACCAGUUUAACGGAGAAGGCUCAGUAAUAAGCCUUGUCAAGGACGAUUGCCAAACUCCAAUCAACACCUACCAGUACGACCCUUUCGGACAGCUGUUGUCUGUCCGGGAAUCUGUCCGGAACGACUUUCUGUUUAUCGGCCAGUGGGGAGUAAUGAGGGAUAAAGAAGUACCCGGACUUUACCGCAUGCGAGCCAGGCACUACGACUCGCAAAUUGGUCGAUUCAUCAGCUUCGACCCUCUUGGUGAUGCGUCACUGGAGACUAACUUCUAUGUCUAUGCCAACAACAAUCCCAUCAUGCUUCAGGACCCCAACGGCCGUAUUGCCGUUCUCAUCGUGGCCGGAGGCGCACUUCUCGGCUCAGUCACAAGUGUUGUGUCCUAUGGACUCGGUACCUUAGCAACCGGCGACGACUUUACACUUGGAGGUGCCGUGGGUGCUGCUGUGUCUGGAGGAAUAACAGGAGCAGCAACUACAGCGGCAGCUGCGCUUGGUCCUUUUGCUGCUUACUAUUUCGGGUCUCGAACUGCCAUGUUGGCGAAUGGUGCUGGUUAUGCAAUCCAAACGGCUAUAGACGGAACCGAGUUCAAGGGCAAUGACUUCAUGACCAACAUGGCGACUGGAUUUGUGUUCGGAGGCCUCCCCAUUAAAAUACCUGGGUUAUCCAAACUAGGUGGGCCCUCUAUUGCGAAAGACUUUGCUAACGGCGUCUUCGGAGGGUUAGUUUCCGGAUUAACACCCAAUUUCCAAAAAGUGUGGAAGCAGAUGAAAAAUCUUGCGAAAGAUCUCAGUAAGGGCCUGGGAAAUCUGUACAAAAUGAUGAAAAAAGGACUUAGCGAAUUCUUGGAUUGGAUACGGUCACAUGAUCCGAACGACAUAAUUGGUCCGGCCGGAAUCGGCGAUGCCCACUAUAUCCGAGGGGACCUGGUACUCGACUACAAGAUCCGAUACGAAAAUCAUCCCAACGCUAGUGCGCCUGCGCAGCGCGUCUUAGUACGACACAAGCUCGACUCAAACCUAGACCCCAGGACGUUCACUGUCGGCUCGUUUGGUUUUGGAAACUUUACUAAAGAAGUGAAGACAAGAAGUCCAGUCCUUCAGGAUCUAUUGGACUAUCAGCCUGCGCACGCAAUGUUCGUGCGAAUAACCGCUGGUAUAGACAUUGUUUCUAACGAGGUGACUUGGGAACUAGAGACUAUUGAUUCUAAAACAGGUGUAGCCCCCGAGGAUCCGAGGAAAGGCUUCCUACCACCAAAUAACGGUACCACUGGACAAGGGUUCGUCACAUUCAGCAUCAAACCCAAAGCCGAAGCCCCGUCCAUGGCCAGGAUAGACGCCCAGGCCAGCAUUAUUUUUGACCAGAACGAGCCUAUCCAGACCCCCCCUAUCUUCAACACGAUCGAUAAGUCCCGCCCAAGUACGAACCUUUCGGUCUUGCGUGACGCACUCGACGCUGGGACGCUAGUUGUCAUGGUGACAAAAAAUGAUGUAGGCGCGGGAGUGAAGUCAGUGGACAUUUAUUAUCAAACAUAUAGUAAAAACAAUGCUUCUCAAGAGAGUGACAAUUCAGACGAAUUCACGCCAUUACUGACUGACGUCACAGAUGAAUCCGCUGUGUUACCGCUGGCUCAGAACAAGUCAUACAAGCUUGUGGUUGGCUCAGUAGAUCACGUGGGAAACACACAAGAGCCGCAAUUUGACCAGUACGUUUUUGUGGAUUUCGCAGGUAUCAAAUAUAAGGCUCCAAUAGAAAUGCUACAGCUGUAUGUGACGUCAGACGUCAGUCAAGAGGGAUCGCCUAUUCCUGUCUACCUAUCAGCGCGCUUCGUGAGCCCCAACGUCACAGCCAACACGUCUCUUCUCAUUAUUAUAUAUGGAGUGCCAGAAACCUUCCGGUUUAGCCGUGGCACACGUCAGGGAGAUGAUGUCAUCUUAACAAAGUCUGAAUUUGGUGACGUCAUCCUUACACCGGAAGUGAGUUUCUCAGGAACUCGAUCCUUCAGAGUGUCGGCCAGCGGUUCUAUUGGAAAUGAACAUAUAUCCAGAAGCACUAUGCUAUCAAUCACAGCAAAUGCCAGGGCAGAUACCCCGAGUCUAUACACAAAUGACGCAUGCUUCAAUGGUAGCUUGAUCAUUCCGCUGGCCAUAAGAAGCGGCUUGAUGGACAUGGGCGGCUCAGAGAAUUUGACAGUGGCUGUGGCAGACCUACCACAGGGAUACCAGUUAAACUCGUUCAGGGAGGUCGAUCGAGGAGUUUACUAUCUUGAGCAAGAAAUGCUGCGCGGUCUAGCUGUGGUUAUCGCCAAGGGGAUCACGUUUUCGCCGUUUUCACUGAGAGUCGUGGCGAUGUCCGUGGAAUCGACAAAUGGUGACACGGCGACCAGUAACGCCACAAUAACCAUUACAACAUGCACGUACACAUGUGAAAACAACUGCUCCAAUCAUGGUCAGUGUGUAGCUCGGGAUACCUGUGUCUGUGAUCAGAAGUUUUCCGGAAACGACUGCUCCGCAGAGAUAACCGUCAAAGGGAAGAAAGACUCAAAUUAUGCAGCCAUCGCCGGUGGCACCGCAGGGGGACUGAUUUUUUUACUGCUUCUGAUUGGUGCACUUGUACUGUGCAAGAGACGUAGCAACAAGCCCACGAAAGAUAUGAACAUGACAGACAUGUGGAGCAUCAACCCGACGUAUGAAACCGGAAGCACUGAAAACUUGUUCUAGUCAUUCACACAGAUUCUGAAGCAGUGCAAUUUCUUUUAAGGAUAAUCAAUCUAAAGGCGUGUUUUUUUUUUUUUGUGGAAAAUUAGACAUCUCCUACAGAUAACUAGUUCUUUUUUUUCGAGCUUGGCAAACUAUUUUAUUAUGUCAUUUUUUUCCACUUCAUCUCAGCUAUCUUUGAUGUAACGGACAUUAUUGCUUCUUGUUAUGAUAUUGCUUCGUUAUACAAUUAAGAAGAAUAAAAUAAACAAUUAAGGAAAGCCAAAUAAACAAUUGAGGAGAAUCAAAAAACAAUUUAUAAGUAUCAAACGAACCAUUAAAUACACAUAUUUCAAAUGGCAAAUGGUAAUUGCUAAAUGAAAGUUUUGAUAUCGAAAAUACCAAGACUACCUAUGACGGCGAUUUGUCUUAGAACUGACAUUCGCUAUUUGCAGUGAGAAUGUUUAUUAAGAUAUGUGCAUACCAAUUAAGAGAAUAAAAACUUCUUGUUGUCUAUGAAAA